AUGUCCAAAUACCCCUCACCACGAGCUGCACUGCGCAAUUUCGCUUCUUUAUUAAUUACACACAGUUUGUGCUCUAGUGAGGAAAUUCAAGGUUUUUGUUGUUUAUUUCUCCUCAACUUUAGACUGCUCACGAGCAUCGGCUUGAAUAAAUCCACUCCACAGAGGAAAUGUUAUGAUCCCAAGGAUCCUUCGCUGAAAUUUGUCGACCGAGAGGACAAUCUGGACUUUUUAUGUGAGGACUUCGCGUCUCCAAGAGCUGAGAUGUCCUGUGGUCAUGCUGUGACCCCAACCUCUCUUACUAACCGGUACCUUAAGCUGUUGGAAGAUGGACAAAGCUCCUUUGUGUGUGGAGCGUCUGGCUGUAAUGCAGUGUGGCCGUAUGAGGAGGUCUGCAAGAUGGCUCUGCUGACCACUGAGGAAAUGAAGCACUUUAAGAAAACCAUGGACCUCAAUGCUUCUGAUACAAGGAUGUGCCCUGGAUGCAAGGCCCCUGUUGCGAGACAAAAUGAAUUUAAUCUUUGUGUCAACUGCAAAACGUGCACAGAAAAGGGAGGACGGCUCUAUGAGUUCUGCUGGCAGUGCCAGAGGGAAUGGAAAGGUCCAAAGCCGCGGCUGGACCGCUGUGAGAAUGAUGGCUGCUGCAACACGGCGCUGCAGACUCUGAAAACCUGCCCAGACAUACUCUCUAGCUCAGUGAUAGGAAUCUCUGGGUGUCCCUCCAUCCGAUCCUGUCCCACCUGUGGAUCACUGCUGGAGUAUAAACAAAAUCACUGCAAAAACAUUUCCUGUACUCAGUGUAAGAUCAAGUUCUGUUUUGUGUGUCUGAAGACUUUUGUUGAAUGUUCAAAAACAAAGUGUUCGAGUGGAGUUGCUCCCAGACAGACAGUUAUACCUGUGUGGAGAAAAAAAUAAUUUUAACAGAACUGUGAACCUCUGUUUCUUUGGAUUUUAAUGUUCUUCUUUACCGACGUCAUCAUAACAGAGGAAUAGAAACAGGGCGUUUUUUAUGCAUUCUCAUCAGUAGGAAAAGCAUAGAAGAUGUAUUGUGAAUUAAUAAUUAAUAAUUGUAACACAACUGUGAACUACAGUUUCUUUGGAUUUUAAUGUUCUUUCUCAAGCUUUACUGGUGUGUUAGAUUAUUUUUUUCAAUCAUACUAGUUCAGAAACCUACACAGCAUGCACAUUUUAUUUCCAGGUUUUGGGACAGGGAUUUUUCCUGGUUUAGUUUGUAAGUAAGAGUCUAAACUAACAUAUUUGAUCCUCCCGACUUCAAGGAACAAAGAUAUCGCAUGACAGUGGACAUGAAUUCAUUUAUUUUCUUUCAGGGAUGCAGCUAAAGAUCACUUUCAUUCAUACUACAGCUAUUGUUAAUUUUAAAAGCUGUCUUUAAGACUUUGUUCAUUUGAGAUAUAUCCAGUUAAAAUUAUCCUGAUGUUUUUAUUAUACAGAAGUAUGAAGUCAACCAAAUUUCAGUUUCUUGUUUCAUCUGUUCUGCUUAUGAAAUUGUUACACCACUUUUUGAAACAAGUCAUACAAAUAAAUCACUACAGCUGUAAUGAUGGGUAUUGAUGUUCUUUCUUUUGUAUUUGUUUUUGUUAUUGUCAUCUUCAGCCCUCAUCAUGUAGA